CAAAAAAAAUGGCGGCCGUCAACUAUGUUUUCAUAAUAAUAGUAAUUGUAAGUUCUUCCUACAUUACUGGAACUAAAUCUGGAGGAUUUUGCGAUGUUCGGAGGAAGAGAAUUGUCUCGUCUUUAGUACACGAAGGCUACAUUCAUAACGAAGAUCUGAAAUGUUUGCUACGAUCUCUCGUGUAUCAACAUCGCAACAUCGCCCGUCUACACAGAAUUGGCAAAUCAGUGUACAAUCGUGAAUUGCUCGCCAUUCAAAUAACUGAAAAUCCACGGAUAAGGAAGCCAGGAAAACCGAUGUUCAAAUAUGUCGGAAACAUGCACGGAAAUGAAGCAGUGGGCAGACAAGUGCUGAUUUAUCUCAUUGCUUACCUACUCGAAAAUUAUGGUCAAAACGAUCGAGUCACUAAGUUGAUUAACAACACUGAUAUAUUUAUUAUGCCUUCAAUGAACCCGGAUGGCUUUGAAAAAGCAAUAGAAGGUAUUUGCCUUGGUGAAAUUGGACGUCCUAAUCGUAACGGUGUCGAUUUAAAUCGUAAUUUUCCCGAUCAGUUCAAUAAUUGGAACGACUACAAUGUCAGAUCAGCCCAACCGGAAACAAAAGCCAUGUUGAAGUGGAUUCUGGAAACUCCUUUCGUAUUGUCGGCGAAUUUACACGGUGGGUCCCUUGUAGCAAGCUAUCCAUAUGAUAGCAAUAAAGAACACAUAAGGUCUGGUGGAUACAGUGCAUCACCGGAUGAUAAUCUCUUCAGACAUUUAGCUAGCGUUUAUGCCACGAAACACCCGACAAUGGGUAAAAUGGGGAAAAGAGACUGCACCCGUGGCCAGUUUACAGGGGGUAUUACUAACGGUGCCUACUGGUAUGAUGUCUCGGGUGGCAUGCAAGACGUCAACUACCUGAUUAGCAAUUGCUUUGAAAUCACACUUGAAUUAUCCUGUUGUAAAUAUCCAUCCAAAAGCCAUUUGCCAAGAGAGUGGAAUAACAAUCGUGAGGCGUUGUUGGCAUACAUAGAACAAGUGCAUAGAGGAAUCAAAGGGUUUGUCAAAGAUCAACAUGGGGUUGGUAUCCAAAAUGCAGUGGUUCAUGUGCAUGGAAUAGAUCAUAACGUAACAACAGCGUUGCAUGGUGACUUCUGGCGUCUUUUGUUGCCAGGGGUGUAUACAGUCAGUGUUUAUGCUUCAGGACACAAUUGCCAAACACUGAGUAAUGUUAGUGUUAGCUCUGAGGAAGCUACACCAUUAGAAUUUGUGUUAGAGAGAAAUGAAAAUCAGAGAGAUACCCCUUUCCGUCAUGUACCAUGGCUCACAGAACGGUUCUUUAGAACCAGGAGAGAUCUGUCUUCCAGCUCUCAACUUGCUAACCAUAAAGUUGAAGUUCCCUUCACAAGUAUCAGCCUUACCAGUAAAGAUUACACUCAAGUUGUUAAUGACUGGGAGAAACCAAGGAUAUUCAAAAACCAUAAUUUUCAUGACAUGACAACAUUUCUACAGACAAUAGUAAAGUUGUAUCCAAAUAUCACCAAGCUGUACUCAGUUGGAAAGUCAGUGCAAGGAAGGGAGUUGUGGGUGAUUGAAAUUACUGACAACCCAGGAAUUCAUGAACCAGGAGAACCAGAGUUUAAGUACGUUGGAAACAUGCAUGGUGACGAGGUUGUUGGAAGAGAAACCCUUUUGCUUUUAAUUCAAGCUCUUUGUGAGAACUACGGCAAAGUACCUGCGAUAACAGCACUUGUAGAUUACACUCGCAUCCAUAUCAUGCCCUCAAUGAACCCUGAUGGAUAUGAGCGAGAUACUCGUGAAAAUGCCAAAAAUGUUGAUCUAAACAGAAACUUUCCAGACCAGUUUUGGCCAUAUAUGAAUAGGAUUCACCAGCCAGAAACUUCUGCUGUCAUGAAAUGGAUAACUUCCAUGCCAUUUGUGCUGUCAGCAAAUCUUCACGGGGGCUCCAUUGUAGCAAACUAUCCAUAUGACGAUUCACCUGGCAAACAAAAAAGUUCAUACAGCAGGAGCCCAGAUGAUGCUGUCUUCCGACAGUUAGCAUUGUCCUACUCCAAGGCACACCCUACUAUGGGAGGAGGACGGCCCUGUUCUGAUUACCCGGAUGAAUAUUUCAAAGAUGGUAUUACUAAUGGGGCAGAAUGGUACAGUGUUAUAGGUGGAAUGCAAGACUACAACUAUGUACACUCAAACUGCUUUGAAAUUACCAUAGAGAUGAGUUGUGUGAAGUUUCCUCCUGAGUCUAAACUCAAAUCCUAUUGGGAUGCCCAUAAAGUGUCUCUUUUGACAUUUAUGUCUCAGGUCCACACUGGUGUGAAAGGCUUCAUAAAAAAUGAGCAAGGGGUUGGAAUUUCCCAUGCCACCAUUUCUCUUUCUGGAAUAAGACAUAACAUCAGCUCUGCCAAUGAUGGUGACUACUGGAGACUCCUAGUUCCAGGGAGCUACAUUAUUACUGCCUCUGCUGCAGGUUACAUUUCUUCUACCCAAAGUGUUGUUGUUCCUUCUGGUCUAGCUACAGAACUAAAUUUUGUAUUGAGACAGGUUGGACAGCCCUCAAUUGCCACAGAGAAGAUACCCCUCCAAAGUUUCACUACACAAAAACUUUAUCCUGUGGAAACAAAUACAACCCCUCAAGAAACAGCUUUUUCCCAACAAACCUCUGUACCUCAGCCAACUUCGAGUUCUGUUGCCUCAAGUCCUGCGGAAAUAAAAUCAACUGUUAAAGUCCUGGUCCCUUCUCCAUCAGUAGAUUUGUCAGUGAAUUACUCUCAACACAAUUACCAACAGCUGACAUCUUUUCUUAAAGAGCAAGCUAACAAGUGUUCUAGCAUAACCAAGCUGACAACUAUUGGAACUAGCCGUGAAGGGAGGGAAAUCUAUUCGUUGGUAAUGACAGUGAUGUCUGCACACGAAGAGGGUAAAGCUCAUGUUGGACUUGUUGGUAGUUUACAAGGAACUGACAUAACUGGGAAAGAGCUUCUUCUUAAAAUGAUUGAGUACCUUUGCAACAAAUAUCAAGGAAAGGACGAUAGUGUCACCAAACUUCUUCAGAACACAGUUCUUUACAUUGUUCCAGCAGUAGAUCUUGAUGGAAAUGAAAAGGCAAGAGAGGGUGAUUGUAGUGGAAUAAUGGAACCUAAAGAUGACUUAUCAAGAAGUUUUUAUUUCAACCUAACUCAGAGCAAGCAGAGUACACUGCCAAAGAAUAUUGAAGAGUUUCUUCGGUCAGCCGCUGAUGAACCUCAGGAAGUUAAACAUUUGAAAAAGUGGAUGAACGAGCAUAACUUUGUACUUCUGGCUGACUUUAGUGGAGGUGAAUUGGUGGCAAGGUAUCCUAUGAGCGUCCAUACCUCCCACAGUGAAUAUGUGAAAGGUUCGGUGACAACAGAUGACAAGUUAUUUAAAGAGCUUGCUCUUAGCUAUUCCACGAAGCAUCCCACAAUGCCAUAUGGAAGCAAUUGUAAUGAAUCUGCCGCUGGGUUUCCAAAUGGAAUAGUGAAUGGGGCACAGUGGAAAGAGGCUUAUUACACCAUGCAGGACUACGCCUAUUUGAGUCUGGGCAUUCCACAACUCUCGUUCUUCAUUUCCUGUUGCAAGUACCCACCGCUCAAAGAACUAGAUAGUAUUUGGGAGGCAAAUCGUCAGGCGCUGUUAGGCUUUUUAGAAAAAGCUCAUCAAGGAGUACAAGGUGCUAUUCACAACCUAGAUCACCGUCCGAUAAAUGACACCACAGUCACAAUAAGGAGCCCAAACGCAGACAUUGUCCUCAAACAAAAUGGAGCAAAAUUCUAUCGACCUCUUGCCAAUGGGAAGUAUAAGAUCACUGUGAAUGCACUGGGUUAUUCAAGUGCUACCAAAGAGGUGACGAUCAGUGAAGGUUUAAGAGCAAACAUCAUGUUUAAUUUGCAUAAAAUACCACGAUUUUUCCAUCAUAAAUAUGCCGCCAUGGAGAAGUUUCUUCGAAACAUAUCGUCCACAUGUCCAGGCAUCACAAGGCUGUACAGCAUUGGACAAACUGUUCAGUUCCGCAAUAUCUGGGUCAUGGAGAUCUCGGAUAACCCUGGAGUUCAUGAACCAGGGGAGCCAGAGUUUAGCUAUGUGGGUGGCGUCCAUGGUAAUGAAGUAGUUGGUAAAGAGAUGCUGAUGAUGAUGAUUCAGCAUCUGUGUUUGAGUUACGGUAAAGAUGACUUGGUCACGCGAUUGGUAAACAGCACUAGAAUACAUAUCUUGCCUGCCCUGAACUCAGAUGGAUACGAGCUGGCCUCCGAAGGAGACUGUUCAUCGGACAAGGGAAGGAAUAAUGCUAGAGACGUGGAUAUCAACGCUGAUUUUCCGGAGUCUUCUGAGUCAUCGCAAAAGGUUUUGGAGGCUGAAACAAACGCCAUAGUAAAGUGGAGUAAGAAAUAUCCGUUUGUAUUGGCGGCCAGUUUAUAUGGAGGUUCACUUGUUGCAAGCUAUCCCUUUGAUGCCCACCCUAAGGGUCGCUCACUUCCCCACCCUACCCCUGACGACGACGUCUUCCGUUACUUAGCAAGUACUUAUGCUAACUCACAUCCAUCGAUGCAUUAUGGGAAGCCGUUAUGUCCAGGCCCUUCGGUCGGGGAGGAGUUUCCUAAAGGUAUCACAAAUGGAGCAGCUUGGAAGAGCAAGGAAGGUGGCAUGAAAGAUUACAUGUACCAAAGUUCCAACUGUUUUGAGAUCGGAAUACACAUGGGCUGUUGUAAAUUUCCCUACGCACAGGAGUUGGAGCAUCAUUGGAAAGAACACAAGGACCCUCUGUUCUUUUUUGUGUUUCAGGUUCAUCGAGGUGUAAAAGGCUUCGUUUAUGAUGAUGCAGGCUCCCCUAUCUCUAACGCAGUAAUCUCAGUAGAAGGCCGUGAUCAUGACGUCACAACUACCAAAGACGGCGAUUUUUGGCGAAUUCUUACUCCAGGGAAGUAUAAAGUUUCCGCUUCAGCGCCAGAGCGGCAAAAAGUGACGUUGGACGUCCAAGUUCAUCCAAAUGAGCCUGCGUUACAAGUUAAGUUUACCCUGCCUCGACAACAUUUAGUGUUUGGCCUACCAGCGGCUGUUAUGGUGGGAAUAUGCGUCCUGGUGGCAGCAGUGUUCCUCCUAUUUGUCAUAGGACUGUGGCGUUUGGCGCGUUACAGAAAACAACUCACCGUGCGGAGAAAUGGAUAUUUGAUGGAUUUUGAACACGAACGAUCGAUAAAUUCGUUUAAUUCUAAGGCGUUACUGAACAAUGAGUAUUCAGAUGAUACUGACGAUGACGAAGAGGAUAUAGUUUUAGAGAAUGUCAGACGAUAAUAAUGCAAUUUAGAUUAGUUAUC